AUGAAUGACAAGUUGUUGUACAACCAGCCGAGUGUGGGGGCUGGUCGGACAGAUGUUGCUUCUGUGUCACCAUGGUCAGCUCCAAUCAUUUGGGAGGGAACCUUUGACUCCACACUGAUCGACUCCAUCUACAAACAACAACAUCUCACCAUAGCAACCACUGUCUUCGCUUUGGGAAAAUACACACGUUUUGUCAAAGAUUUUCUGGAGUCAGCAGAGCAACAUUAUUUUGUUGGAUUUCGAGUGCAUUACUACUUGUUUACAGAUCAACCAGAAUCAAUUCCUGAAGUGAAGAUGGGUGAAAACCGUAGUUUGACAAUUGAAAAGGUUCCGACUAUGAAUCGAUGGCAGGACAUCAGUAUGAACAGGAUGGAAAAACUGGAAAAACUAAUAGAGAAUGAAUUAUUCAAUGAGGCAGAUUAUAUUUUCUGCCUUGACAUAGAUGGAAAGUUCUAUGGCCGGUGGGGUGCGGAGACUUUGGGUCGUCUGGUAGGUGUGAUACAUCCUUGGCUCUUUAAUGUUCCAAGAAAUCAAUUCACAUAUGAGCGCAGGCCAGAAUCUAAAGCAUACAUUCCCGCUGAGGAAGGUGAUUUUUAUUACGCUGGUGCUGCAUUUGGUGGCUUUUUGGAGGAUGUACAUAAUCUCACCAAAACCUGCAGAGAGCAUCUGAAAAUUGAUGCUGCAAACUCUAUUGAGGCGGUAUGGCAAGAGGAGUCUCACUUGAACAAGUAUUUCCUUUUGAACAAACCUAGUAAACUACUCUCUCCUGAAUAUAUGUGGCGGGACAUCAAUGAAAAAGCAGCCCAAAUAAAAAUAGUUCGCUACACUAAUGUACCUAAAAACUAUGCUGAAGUUCGUCCAAACCCGUAGCAACUGUUGCCAGUAUUAAGCUACACUUAAAUGUUGUGUUCUCACAGUCCUCCCAUUACACAUUUUGAAUCUGUUAACAGGUAAUACUGGCAACAGUGAAGAUGACAUCUGCCACCAAGAAGUGAAUAAUCACAGAAAAGUACAGAUGUUUAUGAGCACAAUGUGGCAUCAGAAACAAUAUCUGCCAAAAUCUUUUUGAACUCACUCACAAUAUUUUAUACAAACACAAUGCUAAAAAUAAAAAAGAGCUUUUACAGACAGAAG